AUGCGCCUUGAAGACAACGUGUUGAGGCGGACAUUUGUCUACCUUGCGUCAGACGCUUAUUUGUCAGACGCCUCAACGCUGUUAGGUAUUCCGGCCGUCGCGCUCGUAUGCAAGCAUUGGCUAGAAAUUGCGAAGAGCGUUCCGUCCCUGUGGAUGAUUGCCGUUCAAAAUUGGGAGCCGCAGCGCUUCCUCCGCUUGCUAGAACCGCCGCUACCUCUCUGCAGCAUUGGCGGGAUAGGUCCUCGCAGUACGACAGAACGACCAGUCCGACUGGAUUGGUACAUUGGGCCUCACGCCGUAUUCGAUAUUCUCUCUGACCAGGACCUCACACUCCACGUGAAAACACGGAUACAAAACAUUACCGAAAUGCAUCUCGCGGUGGGGCUUGAGUUUCUGGACGAGUUGAUCAAAGGCGUGCCGGAGAUGCCGAAGUUAAAAGUGCUUCGUAUCGACGAGCAAGCCCGGGCCACGGACUUGGAUAGCCCUCGCUGGCAUAGCCUACGGGUCACCUCCCUGGAGAACCUCUGCUUACAACACGCGCGAAUCCCUCCGAUCACCAGUUUCUUGAAUGGUGCUCGACUAUUCCAUCUAGUUAUUAGAUUCCCUCCAGAGCAGCGGUACCAGAUGAAAGAUUUCCUCCAUUUGUUGACCUUGCUCCCAAAGCUGGAAACUCUUACCUGGGAAGCGAGUCUCCCGCAGGACCAAGACGAGAGUUUACUGAACCGCAUUCCAAUGGCGGACUUGUACCGCCUUCGCCGCCUUCGUCUGGCCGGGAACACUGCCAGUUGUACCCGCAUCCUGCAGCGCGUUCGAACCCCCGGACCAGUCCAGAUUAGCAUAUCGGCUGAACAUCCCACCGGGGUUCAUGCAUGUUCUUCUGUGAUCGACGCGGCCAAGACCUUCUAUGGGCACAGGUUCAGUGACGAGACGGAACUCGCCAUCGCCGUUUCGGAAGACUUUUUUGCCAUUGGCGUCGGCAAACCUAGAUCCAAAUCUCAUCCGGAGACGAUGAAGUGGCGCUAUGAGUUUUACGUCGCCUUCCAUGCUCUCAAGAAGCCCGCCUCAGGACAAGAGCUUGCAGACCGACUGGUCCCGGAAUUUCGACCACACGCGUACAAAAGCCUUGUGAUCAAUGCAUCCGAUAUUCACCAUGCUGCGAUCACUCCAUGGUACGCCAUGAUUGCUCGGGACGGUGGUAUGGACCAGAUCGACUCGCUAACCCUCAUUGGGACUACGGCCGUGUUAUCCAUGCUUGGUGCCGUCAGACAUCAUCGCAACGCUGGAUCAAGCGUGCUGCCUAAACUCGCUACUUUGAAUGUCCUUGUCACGUUACCGACGCCGGACCCAUUUUGGCUGAAGAAUUAUGACGAGGAAGCCUGUUUCUGCAGAGGGUCAGAUACACCCCUGCGGUCUAUUCGGUUCGGUCGGUACUGUUUCGACGACAACGGUCCCGAGAUCAACUUGCCAUUUGAGCUCCACCUUCGCAGAGAAAUAUUUCAAUUGUUUACGCUAUCGGGCGUGACCGACGUCGACGUCGCCGAUGAGGCACAGCGGCAUAUAUCCAGGAGAAACGGGCGCUUGGACGCAUAUAUCUCCCUUACUGGGGCGAUGGAGCUCAACGACCGCCCCUGGCCUUGGAGGAAGGGCGCAACUUGGGACGGGCUGCACAUGGAACCCAUGACAGAAUCUCGCGCGCAUAACUUGCUCGACCAGGUCUUCUGUCCCGAGAUAGACUUCCUAGCCCCACCCGCCGAAGCCGAUGCCGCCGUUUAG